AUGGUUGAAUCAAUUAUCGGUAUUCGAGGAAAGGAUUUCGUUUUGUUAGCACAAGACGCAAAUACUACAAAAUAUGGCAUACUUAAUAUGAAAUUCGAUACAAAUCGAUUAUUUAAAUUAAGUGAACACUGUGCCAUGCUUGCCGCCGGUGAACCAGGUGAUGUAGUUCAAUUCGCUGAAUAUGUCGGUAAAAACAUUCAAUUAUAUAAAAUGAUCAAUGGAAUUGAGCUAUCUCCGUAUGCUUGCGCGAAUUUCACACGCCAUGAAAUGGCCACGUCACUUCGUUCUCGUAAUUCAUUUCUCGCUAACCUUGUUGUUGGUGGUUAUUCAACAAACGAACGUGACAAAGAUCGGGCGCAAUUGUAUUCCAUUGAUUAUCUCGGUGCAAUGGUUUCUGCUAACGUCGUUGCUCAUGGUUUUUGUCAAUUUUUUGCCUUGGGUAUUGGAGAUCGACUAUGGAAAGAAGAUUUAACAGUUGAUGAAGCAUUAUUUAUGUUACAAACUAUUGUCAAUGAACUCGGUAAACGUAUGGCUGCUUAUCCACAUUGCGUAUUCGUACGAAUUAUCGAUGCACAAGGUAUUCGUGUUCUUGAUAAUAUGUAUCCGGAGAAGGUCGUCGUUGGAAAACCACAUGAAGUCGAAUUACAAACAAGUGCUGAUAUGAUGGAUAUUCAUACUUAG